AGUUAGAAGGUGCAAAGACUAUGAACGAAGUAAAAGUUCUAGCGGGAUUUGUCCAGUUGAACAAAAGGGUUCGAUUGUCAUUGGAACUAUCAGCAGCGUUCACGAGUGGACAAACCUUCUACAAUCACGCAUCAUGGCAGCUAAACAGCAAUCCACCCUCCUCGAGCUGGCCACAACGGUCCAGCAGCUGACGACUCAGAUUGUCAAUGAUCUGUCUACGAAGGAAGUAAAAGAACCUACUUUUGAGACGGACUCGGAGACCAUCCCGGAGACUCCGGAACAGAUUGACCUCCGCGCACGCCUCAAUGAUGCUGCUCGCGACCUGUUACGCCUAGUCAAUGGUCCCAGGAACGAUGCACGUACCUUUGUCUGCUAUCUGUUCGAUCUCGCUGCCUGGCAAGUGGCUCUAGAAUUCAACUUCUUCGAGGCCAUUCCAGAGACCGAGUCCGCCACGGUCAAACAGAUAGCAGAGAAAGCUGGUUUGGACGAAGAUCGCGUCGGCCGUUUCCUGCGAAUGCUGGCCACAGACAGGGUGUUUGAAGAGGUAGAGAAGGAUGUGUUCAAACAUACAUCGCGAAGUGCGCUGUACUUGAAGGAAAAGCAAUGGCGAGAUGUCAUGCACUAUCAAUUGGAUGAAUUCUUCAAGGCAGCCUCUGAAACCAUAGAUAGUAUCAAGGAAUCGCCACUCGUGACGGACGGCGAGAGAAAUGCUUUUGUAACGAGGCACGGGACGCCUUUGUUCAAAUUCUAUCAACAAGAUGCCCGACGAGCAGCUCGCUUUGCAAGCGCUAUGGCUGGAGUUUCUAGACUUGAACGUCACUUUGAAAGUCUCAAAGAGAGCUUCCCGUGGGAUCAGAUCAGCAAAGGAAAGGUCAUCGAUGUUGGAGGUGGAAGCGGCCAUAUGAGUGUGUCUCUUGCUCGGGCCUUUCCGAAUUUGGAACUUAUUGUUCAAGACUCUCUUUCCAUGCUCUCAUCGGCCGCACAGAAUGACUUCUCGGACCUCAACGGUCGCGUAACAUUCAUGCCGCAUGAUUUCUUCACCCCUCAGCCAGUCUCGGGGGCAGCAGCGUAUCUUCUACGCUACAUCACGCACAACUGGAGUGACGAGGAUUGUAUCCGUAUCUUCAGGCAACUAGUUCCCGCUUUGGAGAAGAGCCCCCCAGGGACACCACUCCUGAUCAACGAUGUCGUUCUUCCAGCGCUCGGAGAAGCCUCGAGAUACCACGACAAUCGCAUGCGCCAGGUCGACAUCAUGAUGAUGCUCGUCCUCGGCGCGAAGCAGCGAACGGAGGAACAAUUCCGAACCCUGCUCUCAGAUGCAGAUUCACGACUCAAGAUUCGGGCCAUUCACGGCAAGGGCAACAUGAGUCUGAUCGAAGCGUAUCUGGAUGUGGAUGGUGCACGCCAAACGCAGGGCUCCGUCAAGGACGCAGCAGCUGCAGGCGAAGUGCAGGAAGAGUCCACUGUCGCCAGCCAACAGAAGAAGACUGGGACUCGUCUAUGAUGUGCAGAGACUAGUCGAGGCCACUUUUAGGGCUAAUUGAUGAGUGGGGAGACUAGUAGUGCGCGACAAGUACAACUCUAUUGGCUCACUCCAGUUAGUUAAAACAUGUAUAAAUCGUGUGACCACUGUGAAGACUUGGU